AUGAGCGACAGGAUUCGGAGAGAAGAGGACAAUGUCGUGGAGCAGAACGGCUGGAGGAAAGGGGCAGGCCAUGCGCCAGGCAGAGGGAGUGGUCCAGUGCUGGGCUAUGGCUCUGAAACAAGGGAAGAGGCGGACGCCUUUUCGCUGGAGCCGCGGCGCUCUGUGCGCAUCAGCAGCCUGCUCAGUGAAGACGAGCUCAUUGAGGAUUAUUUCAAGGCAGAGUCACCCACAAACAACUGCUGGCAUGGCUCUGGUCUGACCUCUCCGUGUGCCGGCCUGAGUCUCCACCGCGAGAGGAUGGACAGGACGGAGUCGCCCCCGCCGCUGUCGCCCACGGUCAAGGCCGGCUGGCUGGACAAGAACCCUCCGCAGGGGUCCUACAUCUACCAAAAGCGAUGGGUGAAGCUGGAUUCCCACUACCUCCGAUAUUUCGACAGCGAAAAGGACGUUUACUCCAAGCGUUUCAUCCCGGUGUCCUCCAUUUCUCGAGUGACGACUAUCGGGGACCAGAAGUUCGAGGUGAUAACCAACAACCGGACCUUUGCUUUCCGGGCCGAGAGCGAUGCGGAUCGCAGCGACUGGGUCCAGGCCUUGCAGAAGAUGGUGGACAAGCGGAAGUCCAGGCGCCUGGACCCAGUGUCCAUCUUCCAGGCAGUCAGCGGCAGCUUUGACUUGGUGGACAAGAGUGGCCUUUUGGAGCUGCGGGGCUACAAGAGCAAGCUGUUUGUGGCGGUGGCCGGAGACAAGGUCUUCCUCUACAAAAAUGCAGAGGAGUUUCGCCUCGGGGUUGGGAUCACCUACAUUGAGAUGAACGUGGGGAACGUCAAGGAUGUGGACCGGAGGGGCUUCGACCUGACCACUCCCUACCGGAUCUUCAGUUUCCUGGGGGACACUGACCAGGAGAAGGAGGACUGGGUGGAGGCCAUUCAGGCGUCCAUCGCGGAGGCCCUGUCCAGCUCCGAAGUGGCCGAGAGGGUCUGGGCAGCCGAAGCCAACAGCUUCUGCGCGGACUGCGGGGCCCCCAAGCCUGACUGGGGCUCCAUCAACCUCUGCGUGGUCAUCUGCAAGCAAUGCGCAGGAGAGCACCGUGGCCUGGGACCCAGCAUCACCAAAGUGCGGAGCCUCAAGAUGGACAAGAAGGUCUGGACUGAGGAUCUGAUCCAGGUGAGACCGGGGAGAUGGGAAGGCCAUUGCUUCGGACAUCCCAAAAUACAACCCUUGCCCCGAUAGGAAGACCAAAAGUGG